UGUGAGUCGCAGAAAGGAGAAGCAGCACCAUCCUAACACCUGUGCUUGUGCGAGUUAAAGCUCCAGCGCCAGCUUUUUAACAGCUGUUUCACUGAGCCAAGUAAAUAUGGAUUUUUAAGAUUCGACUAGUCACAGUGUGAAGGAAAGGUGUGGAUUAUUCGAGAUUUUUCCAAUCUUAUUACAUGGAUUUGGUGAUUAAUGGAUUACUGGAGCACUGUUGUUUGAGUUGUAAUUUUUUUAUUACACAUUGAGGGUGUGUCUGGACAGCUGUUAGCACUACGGCAUGCAGGAUGGGCCAAACGCGCUCUGAUCUGUCUCUCAGCACCGCCACUCCAGGCGGGGCGAAGUGGAAGCCAAACGGCACACCUCAUCGACUCAGUAUCUCCGGAUUUAGGAGCAAAGGGAAGCAGCGGAACGAGACGCUGAGCAGGAAUCCGAUGAAAAGCAAAGUCCUGUCCUGCUUGGGAAGGAGAAAGCGAUACUCCAGCCAAACGGAGGAGAAUCUGGGUCAUACUACCGCGACCGCCGACCUAGCAGCGCGCCUCGGCCACAGAGCAGGAAAGUUACCCAGAGACGAGGCUGCGUUAGCGAGCGGGGGGUAUCAAGCAGCCGCGGGGUGUUUGGAGACAUUGUCCGGCCUCGGUGAUCAUGUGGAAGCGGUGCAGGUCAGCGUGAACCGCGAGGGAAAGACAGGUUCCUCUGAUCCUUCAGGCUUGGAGACGCGGAGCUGUGAAGUUAGCUGUACGGGCUGCGAGGAGCGCAGAGCCGGCGUGGGGGAAGACAAUGCCUCGAACCCCCCAGCCAGGGCCAUGGAAGACCAGCCAGAGGGGGGGAACGAGCAGAAUCGCUUUGUGUGUGGGCUAAGAUCUGAUCUGAGUUCAAACCCCCGUCUGACCUCUGACCCGGACGCUGAACGGACUUCGCCCCCGGGUCAGGAUCAGGAUCAGGAUCCGGGCGAUAGGCUCUCUAAACCGGACGAUUGCAUUAAAGCUGAAAUGACUAAAAGCAAGUCUAGCAGCGGGGAUCAGAGCAACGGCUUUCUGGUAGAAACUGUCAGCAUAAAGCAACCGAUCAUCCAAAACCCAUCAGGAAAAAGUUUCCCUGGAACGAUCCCGAAACUGAUCAUCACCAGAGACCCCAGCCCGAGCCGCCCCCAUGGAAGCAUGGCCCUGCUGGGAGACCCAGCCUCCUGCCUGGACCCUCAGCCGGACGAUGAGUCCCCCUGCUCGGACAGCGGCUGCGGGGGGUCCCCUGCUCUGAUGCGCUCCCCCAGGAAGCUGUCCAACUCCUCCUCCAUAGGCCUGUCCUCAGCCUCCUCCUUCGAGGAGUCAGAGGAUGAUUUCACCGGCAGUGACAUCGAGUCCAGCCUGUCCCCUUCCCGGUCACUGGGCAGCCCGGGGGAUGGCACAGGGAAUAAACCCUGGAGCAGGUUGAAGAGCAUGGUUCACUGGUCUCCUUUAGCCUUCACCCUCAAGAGGCGUCAUUCAUGGGUGCAGCUAGCUGGCCAUGCAGGCAACUUCCUGGCCAGAGACGGAGGCCGCCUGUUGAAGCGAUACUGCGAGUGUGAGCAGCAGUGUCUGGAGAAGCUGAUGCAGGACAUUCUGCAUCCCUACGUGCCUGGGUAUUACGGCGUGGUGCAGAAGGAUGACCAGGAAUAUAACCUGAUGGACGACCUGCUGGUCGACUUUGACUCGCCUUCAAUCAUGGACUGCAAGAUGGGCAGCAGGACGUAUUUGGAGGAGGAGCUGAUGAAAGCAAGAGAGCGCCCCCGUCUGCGAAAAGACAUGUAUGAGAAAAUGAUUUCUGUGGACCCCGGUGCCCCCACCGCAGAGGAGCGGGCUCAGGAGGGCGUCCUGAAACCUCGGUACAUGCAGUGGAGAGAGACGCUGAGCUCCACCGCUACGCUCGGCUUCCGCAUAGAAGGCAUUAAGAAAGGUGAUGGAACGUGUAACACCAACUUUAAGAAGACGAAGCAAAGAGAGCAGGUGAUGAAAGCCUUGGAAGACUUUGUUGACGGCAACGUUCAGAUCCUGAAACUUUACCUGCAGCGGCUGAAAGAACUGUGCUCUGUCCUUGAGAAGUCGCACUUCUUCAAGACGCAUGAGGUUGUGGGCAGCUCUCUUCUCUUCGUGCACGACGCAUCUGGGAAGGCCAGCAUCUGGAUGAUUGACUUCGGAAAGACUGUUCCCCUGCCCCCCUCUAUGAUGUUGGACCACAGGACUCCCUGGGUGGAGGGCAACAGGGAAGAUGGCUACCUGUGGGGAAUGGACAACCUCAUCGACAUCUUGAGCAGCAUGAUUCCUCAGACACCUUGUGAAGAGGAUAAAAACUCACAGGAGGCGUGAUGUGAAUGGGUUCCAGUUAAAUCUUUUUUUUUUUUUCCAUUAUCAAACUUGUUAAUCCACUCAUGUUAAUGAAAAGGAGAGCAGGACAAAGUGGAAAAUGCCUAAAGGCUUUUGAUUUGCAUUAUAAUAAACUUUAGGGUUUUGUGAGGGGGGGUGACCUCAGCAUGAGCAAAAGGUUGAGGAAUGUACAAGACUAUAAAUCUAACUUUUCUCCCAUUGGCUUCCUUCAAACUAAUCAAAGCUUUGAUAUUUACACACACUAGUGUUCAUCUUGUCAACAGUGCCCUCUCCUGGAUGCUGUUGCUAACAGCAACUCGUCUUACAUCCAUGAACUUGAUCUUGGAGAGCUUGAAUUGCAUAGGAAAGAUUUUUUUGUUUUAUUUUAUUUUUUUUAGUGAUGUACCAUUUUUGAUGUAUAAGCACACAGUAACACUAAACCACUGGCGAGACCAAGUGUUAACUAACUCAGUAUGUAAAUAGUCUUAAUUUAAUCUCCCAUUUUUUUGGCCUUGGGAUAUCCUUCUUAAUAUUUGUAAAGUUGCUGUGCCUAACUUGUUUUUAUAACUGAUCAUUCCAGUCUAAGGGUCUUUCUCUCUCUCCAAAGAGUUCAUCCAAGUAUAAACUAACUUGCAUCUAAUCUCUCGCCUUUCUUACAAACUGUGUUCCUUUGUAGUUUUUGUAUGAUGCAAUGCAGUGCUUGUUAAUUUUCACUCUUUCCCUCUUUUUUUAAUAUACAGUAAGCAGCUUGACAAAGCUAUGAUUCUUUGGAAAUUGUUGCACUGUGGAUCCUCUAAAAGCAAUCGAACAAAAAGGAGCAGUGCCUCUGUGUGAUGCACUUGGUUUACAGUUUAACUCCAGUUGGAUUUUCUCUUACCAGCUUUUUGCUUUGGGGGUUUUAUAGAAAAAUGGUUGCAUGAAAGGUGAAAUGUAGCUGAAAAUGAAUGUGUGAGCUUUUUAAAAACUUUACAAGAACAAAGACUUGGAAUAUAUUAGUCCAGCUAAGGUUAAAGUUGAGCCAAGAUGACUUUUAGACAUGAGGAUAAUUGCUGUAAGUCAUAUUUGGUUACACUAAACUGUAGCAUUCAGCACAGUUUACAAGGAAACAAUGCUGUAGGUUACCAUAGCAGUGCUACUGAUUUGUCUCUUCCUAACUGGGUUCUGGAUAUGGACCAGCAUCCUGCAGCUUCCUUAUGUUGCUGUGCAAUUCUUUAACUUGGAACAUUUACUUGGGUACAGCAUAAAUCUGAUAUAAAGAAAGUGAAAAUAAAUUAAACAAAUGCAUUUUUUUUUUUUUUAUCUCCAAACCGUUGUCAUAUCAGUUGGAAAUGGAGUAUUAAUGUUUACAAAGUAUUAUCAGCCCACAUGUUCUCUGUAAUGUGUGGAAUUCGUUAGGUUCUCAAACUAGGUGCUGCUUUCCAAGAAAGAAAACUGGAUAUGAACCUUUGUUCUUUAUAAAAGCAGUAUGUUAAACAAAGACUGUUUGAAAUUGCUCAUUAACCCCUUGCUCUGUCCUUGUUAUGGAUUGCAAUAAACUGAAAAUAAGAGCCUUAAUAAUUUGCCUUUUUUUUUUAUCAAAGCUCAAGACAAGGAUUAAAUGCAUGAGAGCAUUUUUUUAUGCAAAAUCAAACUCAAAUAUUCCCAAAUCUAUCAAUUAGUGGAUAAAAAGAACCAGGCUGGACCAAACUGCCAAAAUUCAUACAUGUUUAAUAUUUGACAAAGUAAGCUUGUGACUGUAUAAAAUCAGAAAACAUUUACUUCUGUCAGUGGGCAGGGCCAAA